GCCAAAUUUUUCCUGUAUUAUUUGAAUUUUGAUUUUUGAAAUUUGAGACGACGACAUCACUAAAUAAUCUGAUGUUGUUUGUUUGUCACUUUACCAAAGCUCCCAUAGUUUAUAGUACGUCUUCUUCAUCUUUUCCUCAAGUACCACAAUUUUUACAUCGAGAUAAUGGCGGAGCAAACCACCGCCGACCCAACAUUUUCCCCUGCUCUUGUCUCCGUGUCUUCUCCUAGUCCUCCUAAGAAAGAAAACGCCAGUCCUGUUGAUUCCAAACUCACGGAACUCAACGAAUCAAGAGCCGAGUUGCUUAAUAGGAUCCUCAAUCUUAAACAGGACUUGCAAAGCUGGAGAGGCAAGCUGGACACCCAAGUUCAAGUCUACCGUGAGGAGCUCUCUGGGUUAAAGAAGACUCUGAAUCUUGAAGUUGAGCAGCUCCGUGAGGAAUUCAAAGAUCUGAAAACCACCUUGAAUCGGCAGCAAGAUGAUGUUUCUGCCAGCCUUAAAACCCCAGGCUUACAAGAUGACUCCAAAGAUUCAAAAGAGCAAAUGGUGACAGAAGAGACAGUGGAAGCUCGAUUGACUGAUGAGAAUGCGAAAGAAGCAGAGCAUUAGAUGAUGAUAAUGUUUCUUCUUGUCAUCUUACCACUACUACUACUACAACUACGUUGAGAUUGUUACCGUUACUUCUUAAACAUAUAGUACUUGCGGUUUAGUUAAUCCUAAUGAUGCACCACAACA